AUGCGUUUCUACAAGAAGGAAUUGCCGGACGUCGAAGAGGUGGUCAUGUGCCAGGUGCAGCAGAUCGCCGAGAUGGGUGCAUACGUUAAGCUGCUCGAGUACGAUGGUGCCGAGGGUAUGAUCCUACUUUCCGAACUUUCAAGACGUCGUAUCCGAUCCAUUCAGAAGCUCAUCCGUGUCGGCAGGAACGAGGUUGUCGUCGUAUUGCGUGUCGACAAGGAGAAGGGGUACAUCGAUCUUUCCAAACGUCGUGUCUCACCCGAGGAUGUCAUCAAGUGCGAGGAACAGUUCACCAAAUCCAAAGCCGUGCACAGCAUCAUCGCUCACGUUGCCGGCAAGCUCAACCGCGAUGUUGAAGAACUCUACAACGCCAUUGUCUUCCCAUUGCACGACAAGUACGGCCACGCUUUUGAUGCAUUCAAGCUCGCCAUUCUCGACAUGGAUAAGACUUUCGAGGGCAUCCAGAUGGACGAUCAGGUGCGCAAGGAGUUGCAAGCCAACAUCGCGCGAAGAAUGACACCGCAGCCCGUCAAGAUUCGUGCCGACGUUGAAGUUACUUGCUUCGGCUACGAAGGCAUUGACGCCGUCAAGACGGCACUUCGAGCAGGCGAGGCCGUCUCUACCGAGCAGAUCCCUAUCAGGAUUAAGCUGGUUGCACCACCACUUUACGUUCUCAUUACCAACUCGACCGACAAGGUCGGCGGCAUUGCAUUGAUGGAACACGCGCUAGAGAAGAUGACUGAGAGCAUCCGCGCUGCCGGUGGUGAAAUCAACAUCAAAAUGAAACCCAAGACCGUUUCCGAGACGGAAGACCAGGAGCUCGAGCAGCUAAUGGCUCGUGUCGAGAAGGAGAAUGCGGAAGUCGAGGGAGACGAGGAUUCGGAAGGCGACGAGUAA